GAGCUUAAUAAAGGCAGGCCUGUGUUGGAGGGGAUCCCUGGGGGGAAAGAGACAAGCAUAGGUCCCUCCCAAGAUGCCACCCGCUUCAUACAAGGUAUGUCCUUCCAUCUCUACAUGGGACACAACCACAUUCAUAUUGAAUCCAUUUGCACUGUCUGACUUUGGUUUGCCUAUUGCCUUGCAGUGUCUGGCAGCACUGUGUUCCUGUUGGAGCCACCAGCACAAGCACCAGACAAUGCUGAUCCAGUGAGUACUCCAUCAAAGGCAUACUGUAGGCCUGGCAUGUCUUGUCUACUAGCUCUAAUUUGAAUUUGAUUAAAUGUGAUGACCAUCUAUAUGAAAGAUACAGGUUUUCUGCAGAUGGCAUCAGGUAUCUGUGCUGACUGCUGGGUCCCAGGAUUAAGCACCGCACAGCACGGAGCUAUGCACCGAGUGUGGAGCAAAUGGUUUGUGUGGCCUUGCGCCUUUUUGCUAGUAGAGCCUUCCUGUACUCAGUGGGGGAUGCAGAACAUCUGAACAAGGCCACAAUUUGCCGCACAAUAAGGAGCGUGUGUCUGGCUAUCAAGGCAUUAGCAGAUGUCUUCAUCUCCUUCCCUGGCCACAGAAGACUCUGUGACAUCAAAGAGGAAUUCUACAGGAUUGCAGGUUUCCCCAAUGUCAUUGGUGCACUGGACUGCACACACAUAAGGAUAAAAGCCCCCUCAGGUGCCCAUGAGGCGGAUUUUGUGAAUAGGAAAUCCUUUCACAGCAUUAAUGUUCAGAUCGUCUGCAAUGCUGACUGUGUGAUCAGCAAUGUUGUGGCAAAAUGGCCGGGCUCAGUCCAUGACUCCAGAAUCUUUCGGGCCUCUGAAAUCUAUCGGCGCCUAUCACAAGAUGAGCCACACAACCCCUAUUAACCACGUUUUACAUCAUGGCUGUGUCAAUAAUAUCACUGUGUUUAUGAGGUAGUAAUGAUGAGAUUUUGUGUUGACAGGUGAAUUCUCUGGUGUGUUGCUGGGAGACAGGGGGUAUGGCUGCCAGUCCUUUCUCCUAACACCUUUCACAGACCCCCAGGAAGCACAGCAGGCCUACAACCAUGCCCAUGCCUGGACCAGGGCCAGAGUUGAAAUGACCUUUGGCCUCCUGAAGGCACGCUUUCACUGCCUUCACAAAUUAAGGGUCAGCCCUGUGAGGGCAUGUGACAUUACUGUGGCUUGUGCUGUCCUCCACAAUGUGGCCUGCCUGAGGAAGGAGAGGGCCCCCAGAGUGCCACCAGCCAUGGACUGGGACAAUCCGGCAAUCUUCCCUGAUGACGACAGUGGUCGGCUGCUGUGGUGGUGAAAUCCUUUCACAGCAUUAAUGUUCAGGUGAACAUAACUUUUUGAUAUUGUCCAUUGAUGAACACUGUGCCUUGCCAGUGAUGUGCAUUGAUUGGUUUAAUAUUCCUCAUCUUAUGAUUUCAGAUCGUCUGCAAUGCUGACUGUGUGAUCAGCAAUGUUGUGGCAAAAGGGCCUGGCUCAGUCCACGACUCCAGAAUCUUUCGGGCCUCUGAAAUCUAUCGGCGCCUAUCACAAGAUGAGCCACACAACCCCUAUUAACCACGUUUUACAUCAUGAUGUAAACUGUGUCAAUAAUAUCACUGUGUUUAUGAGGUAGUAAUGAUGAGAUUUUGUGUUGACAGGUGAAUUCUCUGGUGUGUUGCUGGGAGACAGGGGGUAUGGCUGCCAGUCCUUUCUCCUAACACCUUUCACAGACCCCCAGGAAGCACAGCAGGCCUACAACCAUGC